AUGGAGAGCAUUGAGACUAUUUGUGAUAACUUGGAGAAGGCUUUCACCGACCAGAAAGACGAUCCGGUCUCUCUGGUGACCAUUAUUGACAUGUACAAUGACCAGGUCAACACGGAGUACACAAAGGAGGAAAGAGUGCAAUACUUGAAAAAACUUUACAGUGUUCUUUCCGAGAAUCCUGAUGUCGUCAGUGAAAUUGGUUGGGAUUUGCCCAAGGGAUUGCUGAAAUUUCAUUCUUUGGAGAACCUUCUUCCACAUCAGGGAUUGAGAAACAAUGCCAUUGUGGUUACUAUCAUGAACUGCUUUCACGAAAUUGCUUUGCACGGCAAUCCUAAAGAAUGCUUGCUUACUGGCUGUCAAUUACUCUCAGACCUUUCUGUAGAAGAGCUUGCGCAAGAGGUGGAAGAUUACAACAAGGCAAAGGAAGCAGAAGGUUCAAAAGAAGUAUCAGCUGAAGAGAGUGAAUUUGGUGUCAAGCUGCAAAAUCCAGUAGAGUACCUUCUCGGUCUAAACAGUUACGUGCUUUUUGAGCUCAUUCAAUCAGUCCUUAGACGUAUUCAAAGCUUAUAUCCAUCAAAAUUCCUUGGUAUGGCGGUUUCGGCUAUUUGCAAGUUUUUAAGAUCAAACAUUGACAGCAUUGACAACACCGCGUUUGUCUUACGUAGAAUCUUCACUUUCUGCAAGAACUAUACCCCCAUGCAAGCGCCUUUGGACUCUGAGAUUAUCGGCGAGUUAGACAAAAAGGAAUUGGCAAGUAUUGCUGAUGACGAAGCUGCUUUACAAGGGAAAGUUUUACGCAGUUUGAGCACUUUUGCUAUAGGCUACUGUUUGAAGAAUAAACAAUUGAGAAUUGAUGUACGAUACUACUCAUCUUUUGCGGGAGGACAACUCAACGAAGUUCCAUAUAUGAAGGAGGUCGUCGAAGUUUGCUCAAGAUUUUAUCAGCUGGCUUAUUCCUUCGAUAUUGAUAUCAAAGAAGAAUUUGUGAACCUUCUCAAAGAAACUAAAAACAUAUACAGAUCCUUACCCUCAGAAUCAGAUAUUGCCAAUGAUGAAGCUAAUCGUGCAAUUGGGCAAGUGGUCUACCAGCUUUCUUACACUUAUCAGUUACAAAAGUUAACAAAACCAGAAGGGCUUGAAUUAGAUCCACUAGGCAUACUCGUUCUAUCGGGGCUGCACUAUUUGCAAACCAAACAACACUUAAGCUCAGAAAUUAGCGUGCAGGAUGCAAUUUACCUGUACAUUCGAUGCUCGACGCCUGCUUUGUUCUCCGCCCUCUUCUCGAGUAAGGUUGCCGAAGAAGUUUCUCGUUAUUGGUUGUGGGUCUCCAUUACCAAUACGAGUUACAAAGUGUUGAAGAAACAGCUUUCAGAAAUCCCAUCAUAUAUCAGCAGCGUCUUUUUACAGAUGAUGUUACUCACAACCUGCAAUCAAACUAAUGAACAAGCACGCAUGAUAAAUUUUACUCUUCUGACCCGUAUUAUGUGUUUGAUGCCAGAGGAAACAACCUUUUCUUUCACUUUGGAUACUUUGCUAACAUGUCCAUACGUUAAACCCAAGAUUUGUAUUCUUGGUAUUUUGAAGGACUUGAUGUUGAAAACACGUCAAUGCAAACAAGAACAGGAUAUUUCAACGCAGCUUAAAGAUUUGAAGAUAAAAGAAUCGAGCUCUGUUGGGGUUAAUGAGCCACCGGCGCUACCGCCAAGGGAAUUUGUCUCAAUCAAUGACGAUAGGAUGGCAUCCUUACAUAGCGUUGCAUUGAUAGCUAUUACUAAGGCCGCCGAGGAGAAAGCCAACAAAGAGGACCUGAUUCUUCUACAAAAUUACCUGAACUUUUUCGCUGCACUAAGAAAUAAAUGGGACAAAAGUUUAUUGAAGGCAAUAAAUGAAGAAGUUGGUGGUCACUUCGACGUUAAUGAGUCGGAGACAACGCCGGAAAUCGGUUUCAUAAUAAUUGCCAACGAAACGUUGGGCAAAGAUUUGUGA